UAUCCGCUAAAUUAUGUGUUUAAAAAUAAAUCUAAACUUAACUAAAAAUGUACGUGCCAACUGGACAAAUGGUUAAGGCGCAGAUCACACUUUAUUUUAGCUGCGAUCGUUGAAAAACUACAAGUCCCAGAAAUCAUGUAGCAACUAGCAACACCGCGCCAAACAGCUAUCUCUAAAGACCAACGUCAGCGAGAGACGACUGGUGACCCACACUUAGUAAAAGUAAUAUGUAUUAAAAACAAAAACAAAAAAACCAAACAAAAACAAAACGCAACCCAGUAACUCUGAGCAAAGAAAAAGAAAUUCAUUCAAAUUAUCUUGACACAACGCUCUGUAAACAUGCUACGGUUAAGCAUUUCGUCCCGAAUGAUUCGCGCAGGCGCAUUUCUAUCCUUUAGGUGUCAAACCUAACGAUGGGUUCUUGUGUUAAGAAACAGUCAGCGGUAGAUGAGAUGAAGAUGAGAAAUGAAGAAGAAGAGCAGCAUUUAAUCAGCAUGAAAACCCAAACUCCGGGCAGAAACAUGACGAACGUUUUCAACCAACUUCAGUUCAAACGCCAACCGUCUAAACUACGACCCACUACACCUGAAACAGAUAAAGGAUGAUGGAGGUGGUGGAGGAGGAUGGAGCAGGACGGUUCAGGGAGCUGCAGGAGCAGAGGAUGUCUGUCCAGAAGAAGACAUUCACCAAGUGGAUGAAUAGUGUUUUCCACAAGAACAAAGAGGAUAUAGAGCUGACUGACGUCUACACUGAGCUGAAGACGGGAGUGGCUCUUAUCCGUCUGCUGGAGCUGAUCUGCAAAGCGCCACUGCCCCCACCCAGUCGACGCAAACUGAGAGUCCACUGUCUAGAGAACAACAGCAUUGCCAUCAACUUCCUCAAGACCAAGAUCAGAGUGGAUCUGAUUGCCCCAGAGAAUGUGGUGGACGGGGACCGGACUCUAAUCCUGGGCCUGCUGUGGAUCAUCAUCCUCAGGUUCCAGAUUGGAUCCAUAGAUUUAGGGGAGGGAGAAGUCAGUGUAGCUCAGCGCUCGGUGAAGGAGGCUCUGCUGAUAUGGUGUCAGAGAAAAACUGCAGGUUACAGUGGAGUUAAUGUUCAGGACUUUUCCAGAAGCUGGAGAGAUGGACUGGCCUUCAACGCCCUCAUCCAUGCACACAGGCCUGACCUUUUUGACUACGGUCGUCUCCCUGGUGAUGACCCCCGCAGAAACCUUGAUCAUGCCUUCUCUCUGGCCGACCGUGAGUUUGGAAUCAUGCAGCUGCUGGAUGUUGAGGACAUGUUGGUGCCGAGGCCUGAUGAGAAGUCCAUCAUGACCUACGUGUCACUCUACUACCACUAUUUCUCCAAGAUGAAACAGGAAAUGACCGUCCAGAAGAGACUGGCCAAGAUGGUGGGCCUACUUAUGGAGCUGGAUCGUAUGAAAGUCCAGUAUGAGAGGAUGGUCUCAGAUCUGCUCCACUGGAUCAGAACCAAGAUUCUUCAGCUGAAUGACAGAAAGUUUCCAAACUCUGUGAGGGAGAUGCAGACACUGAUGACGUCUUUUAAAAUGUACAGAACCGUGGAGAAGCCCCCAAAGUACCAGGAACGUGGAGCUCUUGAAGCUCAUCUGUUCAGUCUGAAGACUCAGCUUGUGGCCAACAACCAGAGGGCAUAUAAUCCUCCAGAAGGUAAAACCUUGAGUGACAUAGAGAAGAGCUGGGUUCUGCUGGAAAGAGCUGAACAUGACCGAGAAGGAGCGCUGCAAAAGGCGUUGCUUCGUCUGGAGAACCUGGAGCAGCUUGCUCAGAAAUUCGGAAGAAAGGCAGCUCUGAGGGAAGGAUACCUGGAGGACACGUUACGUCUGAUCCAGAGGCAGAACAUCAGAGGUCUGUCCACUCUGGAGGAGGCUCAGGCAGCAGGACGUCGUCUUGAAGCUCUGGCCACGGAUGCUUUGGCGAGAGAGCCUCGUUUUACUGCUCUGAGAGACAUGGCUAAGACGAUGGAGAGAGAAAACUACCACAGCAAGGAUCAGAUCAGGACACGUGAGCAGACAAUCGGUGUGAAGUGGAGGGACCUGCUACAGCAGCUGGAGGAGCACAGGGGGCUGCUAGGAAAUGUAGUAGAAACUCUGAGUGUCCUCAGAGACGUGGAGCUCAUUUCCCAUGAGUUAAAGGAACUGCAGUCUCAGGCCUUGUCCUCUGAGUUUGGGAAGCAGCUGGCGGAGGUGGAGUCUCUUCUUCAGAGGCAGGAUCUCCUAGAGGCCCAGAUCUCUGCUCAUGGUGAAACCAUUGCUGCCAUCAGUGGCAGAGCUCUGAGGGGAAAAGUGAGCAGUGAUCAGCAGAUCCAGAGCAGAGUGAGAGCUCUGGAUGCUCAAUAUAAAUCUCUGGUGUCAGUCUGCAGCAGCAGGAGGACACAGCUGGAAGCUCACUUCAGAUUGUUUGAGUUCUUUCAUGACUGUGAGGAGUUGGAAGCUUGGCUGUAUGAGCGUCUGCUGAAGCUGCAGACCACUGGACUGGGACGAGACCUUAACCACAUUCAAGUGGCCCAACAAAAACAUAAGCUGCUCGAGGCAGAGAUCCAGGCUCAGGAGUCUCUGUACCAGGGAAUUCUGGCUCGAGGGCAGGAUCUGUCCAGACAGAACAGACACAACCAGACUGCCAUCCAGAAGUGGACCAGAAUUUUGCAGAAGCAGUGGAACCACCUGAGUGAUGAGGUGAAGGGACGUUGGGACAGGCUUCAGGCCGCCGCCACCAUUAAACAGUACUUUGCAGAUGUGGCGGAAGCCGACUCAUGGUUGAGUGACAGGAAACCACUGCUUUCCAGCGACGACCGAGGAAAAGAUGAGUCAAGCACCACCACACUCCUGCAGCGUUACCUGCGCCUGGAAAAAGAGAUGAUGGCAUAUGGCCCGGAGAUCAAGAGACUAUCAGAGCAGGCAAAAAGUGCCGCCCAGCUAACAGCACUAACUGCGGAACCUCCACAGAGCAAAAUCAUCCAACACAGUGACUCGUCUGAAGAGGAAGAGGAGCCACAACACCCUAAAAGUGGGCGGGGCUCUGUCAUAACCUCACCCGAGAGUGAGGAGUGCAAAGCCAAGAUUCGCUUCAGAUACAGCAGAGGAAAGUUUCCAUGGAACCAUAAUGAAAUUGUAACAGUCCUCCGUCAAGAACCGGAUGGAGAUCGGGUUCUGGCACAAGACAGUAGAGGAAACCAACAAAUAAUCCCUAAAACCUACCUGACUUUGCUACCCCCUAAUGUGACUCCAGCAAAGGAACUCAACUUCACCACUGGGCCUCCCGAUGGCCUGAGCAAGAAGCGCAGUAGGCCCAGAAGAAGACGAUCUCUGCGUAACAACACAGGUGAGAUCCAGACAACAUGUCUCCCUGACCCACAGUACCAGAGACAGACAGUGGAGGGGACGCAGGCACAACUGCAGCAGGAGUUCGACUCUCUGUACAACCUGGUCAAGUCAAAAACAAGAAACCUGGAGGAGAUGCUGCGUCUACAUCGAUUCUACAACAGCUGCCUGGAGUUUGAGUCAUGGAUGCAAGACAAGGAGAACAUCCUGAACACCUUUAGUGCUGAUCCUGACAACCUGGGAGUGGUUCAGGCCAAGUUUGAGAACUUUUUGACUGAGUUGGUGAGUGGACGUGGCCAGUUGGAUGACAUCAUGAAAAUGGCAGAGGAGCUCGUGAAGAGUGGACACAUUAAACAUAGAGAGGUCCAGACCAGGCUGAGGGCAGUGUCCAGCAGGUGGGACCGAAUCCAGCAGCUAAAGGACGAGAAGGGACAUGAGCUGCUGAGCACGGCUGAUGUGCACUGUUUCCUGCAGAGCUGUGAGGAGGCCAAAGGUCAACUUCAAGAUCAGCUGGAGCAUCUGGAACCUUUAGAUUUGAACUGUAGCUACUUCACACUCCUAAAUGAGGAGAAGAGUCAGGCCCAAACCCUCAGAGACAUCCAAGCCCUAGAGGCCAAGAUAGCCUACCUGAAAAACGUGGCCAUGAUGAAGCAGGACUGUAGUCCAGCAGAGAGUGCAGCCAUCAUGGAACAGGUUCGAACUCUGGAGGCUCUGCUGAAAAAGGUAAAACAUCAGGCAGCAGAGCGACAGCGCCACCUGGAGGAGGCACGCAGGCUGCAGAACUUUCAACAGCAGACCAAAGAGCUUCAGUGCUGGAUGGGUUCUGCAAAGGAGCGCCUCCUGCAGGAGGAAACAGCUAGUGAUGUGGCCUCAGCCCUAGCACUUCUGGAUCAACACGAGGAGCUGUGGCUGGAGAUGGAGGAGCAGAGACGCAGUUUUAUGCAGAUGGAGAAGUUGGGAAAAUCUCUUCAGGAGUCUUCACACAGGAAUGGAGCUAGGAACGCUGACAUCCAGGCAACCCUGGACCUUCUAUCUGCUGACUGGUCCAAACUUCACAAGCUGUGGACCAAAAGGAAGCAGCAGCUGGAGCAGGAGGUGGAGCUUCAAAGGCUGAACCAGGAGGGAGACCGCAUUGAAACGACGCUGUCUGGACAUGAGGCCAGGCUGAGGGUCAUAGAUGUCGGGGACUCAGUGGAUGGUGUCCACAGUCUGCUGGGUCGACAGGAUGAGCUGGAAGGUCUUCUGAAGGCUCUGGACCAACGGGUCGAUCAGUUCAGUCAACGCAGCCUGGAGCUCGUUAACCAGCAACACUAUGCUGCCAAACACAUCAAGGACAGAAGCAGGAACAUCCAGAAGGCCAAUAUGAGGCUGAAGGAGCGCAGCACAGAGAGAAGGAGUCUGCUGCUGGCCUCUAAGAAAUACCAGGAGUUUCAACGUGAUGCAGAUGAGCUGCUGCUGUGGAUGGACGAGAAGUUCAAGUUGGCUGAGGACGAGUCGUACCGAGAUCCCACCAACAUCCUGUCCAAGCUGAAGAGACAUGAAGCUGCUGAGAGUGAGGUGCAGGCCAACCAGGUCCGACUGGACAAACUGCUUCAGCUGGGUCAGGAAAUGCUGAGUGAAGAUCGUCAGAACAGCUCCAACAUCAGCAGAAAGAUGACGCAGUUGAGCAGCCGCUGGAGGAGACUUCAGGACAAGAUGAUGGACAGAGGAGACAAACUGAGACAAGCUGGACAACAGGAGCAGCUUAUGGAGCUGCUGCAGGACGCCAAACUGAAAAUUGAAGCCAUUAGGUGGAUGCUCAACAACGCCACUAAGGGUCAUGAUCUUCGCUCCAGUCGACAGCUGCUAAAGGAGCACCAAAAGUUGGAGCAGGAGGCCAAGGACCUGGCAGAGAAGAUUAACUCCAUCGUCAGCAGAGCCAAACACCUGGCCUCCAACCACUUUGACUCUCACAGGAUCCUGCAGGAAACAGACACUUAUCUCACUCUGUUUAAAUCCCUCCAGAAGCCUCUGGACCAACGUCGAGGUCAGUUGGAGGCGUUGGUACUGCUCUUUGGUUUCUACCAUGAUGUGGACCUGGAGCUGAGCUGGAUCUCUGAACAUCUUCCUGCCUCUGGCUCUACAGGCUAUGAUAAGUCUCUGGCUGGAGCCAUCAGCCUCAUGCAGAAGCAGAAGGAGUUGCAGGGUGAAGUGAACGCACACAGAAAACACCUGAAUUAUAUCCUGGAGAAGGGACGGAGUCUGGCUAGAACCAGCAGAUCAGAUGGAGAGGAAGUGCUUCAGAGGUGCCGCCACCUGAGUGCAGAGUGGGAGGAACUUGAAGAGACCUGUAAGAGGAGGACAGCUCACCUGAGCAAGGCCAUCACCAGAGAACAGCUGCUGUUGGACUGCUCUGAGCUUGAGUCCAGACUCUCUGAGAAGAUCAACCUGCUGAAACCUGAUGACUAUGGAAAAGAUCACCUGGCUACACAGAGUCUUAUCACUAAACACCAGGUAUUAGAGGGUCAACUGGAGGUACUGGAGGUGGAGGUGGAGGAGCUGGGGGAGCAAGUGGAGCAGGCAGUGCAGAAGUGGAGUCUGGAAGAGCUCAGUAGACCCUACAGCCGUCUGAGCAGCCUCAACCAGCAGCUGCAGCACCAGUCUGCUCUCAGGGCUCAGAAGUUAAAGGAAGUCUUGCAGCUCCAUGAAUUUAGAUCUGAAUCUUCUCAGUUGGAGGACUGGAUUAAUCAGCAGAGACAAACAGCUGAGUCUCAGGAUUUGGGCAACGACUACCAGCACGUUCAGGUGCUUUGUGAGAAGUUUGAAGGUUUUCUGAAGAAGCUGGAAGUCGGAGAGGAGCGACUGCAGAGCUGCAGCGACACAGCUGCUCGACUCGUACAUAACAAACAUCCUCAGAGUGCAGCAGUCCGAGACACAUUUCAGCAGCUUGAUGCAUGCUGGGUGAAUUUAAAGGGCUUGGCCAGAGAGCGUCAGGAUCAGCUGCACAGGGCCCGAGAAUGUCAUCGAUUUUACCAGGAACUAAGUGAUGCACUGAUGCUCAUCCAGGAGCGUCAGAAAAGCAUCCCUGACGCUGUAGCCAAGGAUCUUCAAGGAGUAAUUUUCCAACUGAGGAAACAUGAAGCUCUGCUGCAUGAACUGGCCGUCACUGAACAACAGUUGCAGGAGCAGCUGGAUGCUGUAGAUGCUGUCCUGCACCUGUGUACGCCUCAGCUGAAGCUCCGGCUACAGAACGUGCAGCAGAAAGUGUUGGAGCAGUGGGAGGAGCUACGACUUUCCACAGAGCAGAGGCAGGAGGAGCUAAAACUGGCCUGUGAGCGUUACCUGUUCCUGAACACGGUCCAGGACUAUCUCUUGUGGUGCGGUCAGCUGAUCGACAUGAUGGCAGCCGAGGAGAGCAUCAGUGAUAUGGCCACGGCCGACCUCCAGCUGGUCCAACACCAGCAGCUGUGGGCGGAGAUGGAGGCCAGAGAGGAGACGUACCACCAAGCUGUGAAUGUGGGGAAAGUACUGCAGAAGCAGGAUAAAAGACAUAAGACAGAGGUUCUGGAAAAGCUCGAUGCUCUGCAGAGUGAGCGAGAAAAACUUAGAGAUCACUGGAAGAGGAAAAAAAGCUGGUUAGAAACUAUCUAUCUGGAGCAAAUCUUCUACAGAGACGUCAGCAGCAUGGACAAGACGUCCAGCUCACAGGAGGUCCUGCUGCAGAACAGCACUUUUGGAAACACUGUGGACGAAACAGAGGCUUUGAUCAAACGCCAUGAAGCUUUUGAGAAGUUUCUCAGCUCACAGGAUGAAAAGCUUGCUGCCCUGAAGGAAGUUGCUGAUCGGCUGAAGCAGCAGCUGAGUCGAGAGAAGAGCGCUCAUGUCCAGUCCAAACUCAGAGCCCUCCUCCAAAGACGAGACAGGAUCAAAGAAUUGUCUGUCAAACGCAGACAGGAGCUGGAACUCUCCAGGAUGCUGUGCAUCUUCAACCGAGAUGUUGCUCAGGCUGAGGAGUGGGUUUCUGAGCGUAUGCUCAAGAUGACGGAGGCUGGAAAAGCUGAACUGAGUGACCUUCAGACCAAGAUGAAGCUCCUGCAGAAACAUCAGGUGUUUGAGGCUGAGAUCCUGGCACACAGUGAGAUUAUCAACAGUGUUAUGCAGUCUGGAGAUGAGCUGGUUUCUCUCUUUCACCCAAAGUCCAAGGAGGUGAAGAAGAGCACCGCUGCCCUGAAGCUCCUCUGGGAGGAGCUCAGGAACGCUGUGGCCUCCAGGGGGAUAGCCCUGGAAGCGAACAGAGACUUCCUGGAGUUUCUCCAGAAGGUUGAGAAGGUGGAAGCCUGGAUCAGACACAAGGAGGUGAUGGUGAAUGUGGGAGAUGUUGGUGAGGACUAUGAACAUGGACUUCAGCUGCUGAAGAAGCUUGGAGAGUUCAGAGGAAGUGGAGAUGGAGAGGCCACGGUGGACGAUGCCCAUAUCACAGCCAUUGACAAACUAGCAGCCAGACUAGAGAAAAGACAGACUGGUGACGAAUUAGCAACCGUCAGACAACGGAGGCGACAACUUACCGACCGGUGGAGCAAGUUCCAUGGAGACCUCAGUUCCUACAAGAAGAAGCUGGAGGAGGCACUGGUGAUUCAUGAAUUCAUCAGAGAGCUGGAGGAGGUCAGGGACAGAGCCAGUGAGAAGAUCCUGCUGCUGCAGGGUCAAGGCUUUGGUGUAGAUGUGGAGAGUGUGGAGAACCUGAUCAGACGCCAUGAGGAAACAGAGAGAGAGGCUGGGGUCAUCCAGGAGAGGUCAAAGGCUCUGGAGAAUGAGGCAUUAAGUCAUCUGAAGUCCUCAUCAGUGCUGAAGGACCAACUGAAGAAUAAACUGAAGGAGACUCAGAAGGUCCAGAAGUCUCUGGACACAGAAGUCCAACACCGGAAGGAGAGGCUGCAGGAAGUGCACCAGCUGAUGCUCUUUAAAGCCAAUCAGCGCCUCCUGCUGGAAUGGAGCAUCAAACAAAGCAACGACAUGAAGGAGAAAACUCUCCCCAAGUCCAGAACUGAGGUUGAGCGGCUCAUCUUGGAGCAUCAAGACUGGAAGACAGAGAUCAACGCCCGCACCGAGCGCAUUGACUCUGUCCGAGACUUUGGUCUGGGUCUGAUCCGGUCUAAUCACUCAUCCAAAGCGGAGAUUCAGAAGUGUUUGCAGCAGCUGGAGGAGGCUAAAGAAGGACUGGAACGAGCCUGGCUAAACCGCAGCAAGGCACUGGAGCAGUCAAGAACCCUGCAGGUCUUCCUGGUCUCUGUGGAGCAGUGUGAGACAUGGCUCAGUAGCAGGGAGGCCUUCCUGUCCAAUCAGAACCUGGGGAGCUCAGUGACAGAGGUGGAGACUCUGAAGAGACAACAGACACAGUUUGAAGAGACUCUGGAGGCUCAAGUUGAGCAGCUGGAUCAGGUGGAGAAACUGGCCAAGGAGAUGAUCCAGCAGAACCACUAUGACUCCGAGAACGUUAGGAGCAAAAGCAGAGCCCUCGCCACUAGGUGGAGCCAGUUACAGCAGCACAGUAAAUCCCGUCACAAAGCUCUGGAUCAGUCUCUGCAGCUGCAGCAGUUUUUCUCCAACAGUUACCAGCUGUCUGUGUGGAUCAAUGAGCGAAAUGCUGUGGCAUUGGAUGAGAACUGGAGAGAACCAAUCAAUCUUCAGGCCAAACAGUUGAAACAUCAGAGCUUUGAGGCUGAGAUUCUGGCCAAUCGCUGCAGAGUGGAUGCACUAACUAAGGAGGCAGAGAAACUGUCGUCAGCUCCAGCUGAAGUGAAGAUCAGAGGUCGACUCAGAGAACUGACAGAGGGCUGGAAAACUCUGAUCCAAAACUGUCAGGAGAAAAAGAACCGUUUGCAGGAAGCCUACCGGGCUCUGCAGUUCCAGCGUUCUCUGGAUGAUGUAGAACAGUGUGUGUUGUCAGUGGAGAAGGAAGUGUCCAGUGAAGACACUGGUUCUGACCUGCAGUCAGUCAACAGGCUGCUGAAGAAGCUGCAGGUUCUGGAGGAUGAGGUGGACGGACUGAGGGACAGAAUUCAGGCUGUGAUGGAAACAGCCAAGAGCUUCCACACCGAGGGAAACUUUCUGGCUGAGGAGAUCCAGACCAGAGUGACCCACACCGUCAACAGGUACAACAGCCUGUCCCGACCCCUGCAGAGUCGCAGGGAGACCCUGGAUGCCUGGCAGGUACUGUUCCAGUUCUACAGAGACGUGGAGGAGGAGGUGACAUGGAUCACACGUAAACUGCCCAGUGUCUCUUCUGAAGACCUGGAGAAAACACUGAGUGGCAGUCAGCAGCUCCUGCACCAACACCAGGCUGUAAUGCAGGAGAUAUCCAGCAGAGCUCAAUUGUUCCAGGCAGUUCAGGAGGCGGGGCAAAGUUUAGUCAGAGGUCGUCACUUUGCUUCACAUGAUAUAAGAGAACGUCUGCAGGAGGUGAAGAGUCUCCAUGGGGAGCUCACUAGAGCAGCAGAGAGGAAGGGGAAACUCCUGCAGGAGUCGCUGAGCAUCCAUAGCUUCCUAUCUGAGCUGUCAGAAGUGGAGCUGUGGCUUCAGCAGCAGCGGGCAGGUCUGGAGUCACAUGACCCUGGCCGGAGCGAAGAGGUUUCCGAGUCUCUGCUAAGGAAGCUGGACACUGUGGAUAUGGAGCUGGAGAACCAGAGGAGGGCGCUGAUGAGGCUGCAGGAGAGUGGAGAAUCACUUCAGAACCUCCGUCAUCCUCAGAGUUACCUGGUCUCUGAUUUGUUGCCCACCGUCCUCAAGCUCUUCCAGAACGUCCUCCAACUCUCAGUGUCUCGUCGUGCUGCACUAGAAGAUCAGCUGCGGCUCUUUGUCUUUGAACGUGAAGCUGAAGAGCUGCAGACGUGGCUGAUGUCUAAAAAGACACUGGUUGAAUCUGAAGACUGUGGACAAGAUCUGGAGGAUGUUGAGGUUCUUCAAAAGAAGUCGGAAGUUCUGGCGUCAGAGGUUUCAGGUCUUGGUCGCAGUAGACUGUCGUCGGUGCAGCAGUUGGGUCGAGGUCUGCAGAGGCAGCAGGACGGAGUGGCACGUAGGAUAGACGAUGACCUCAGCAGGAUUUGGGAGGAGCUUAGCAGCAGCAUCAGAGCCAGGGAGCAGAUUCUACAAUCAGCGAAAGAGGUCCACCAGUUCAACCAUGAUGUGGACGAGCUGAAGGCCUGGAUGUCUGAGAAAGAGGCUGCUCUGGACUCAGAGGAGCAGGGACAAGACCUGCAGUCUAUCCACACUCUGCUGAGACAACAUGAGGCCCUGGAGAGAGACUUAGUGCUAAUAUCUGAGGAGCAGAAAAGGACAAGAGAGGUGGGUGAAUCUCUGAGCAGACGUCAGUCUCGAUCAGGACGCUCUGUGGCUCAGAGGCUCCAGGAUCUGGACUCCUGUUGGUCCCGUCUCCAGGACAAGGCCUUGCAGCGCCGUGCCAGACUAGGUCAAGCCCAGCAAGUCCAGAGAUACUUCUGUCAGUGGACAGAACUCAUGGCGUGGCUGAAGGAGACAUUGUCUCUGGUGCGAGGGGAGGGACAAAGUGUAGAGGGAGUCGACCCUGAGCAGCUCCUCAAGAAGCACAACGAGUACCGCAUCCAGAUUGACCGACAGCUUGUCAAAUCUCAGAGCACCAAGGAUGAAGGCUGGAGGCUGGUCCAGGACGGAGACUUCAUGUCGCAGGAGGUGGAGGAGCGAGUACAUGAGCUGGAGGAGCUGGAGGUACAGGUGGUUGAGGUCUGGGAAGAGACCAGGCUACGGUACGAAGAGGACUUGGAGAUCUGGCUUCUGCAGAAGGAGCUGGAUCAGGCCGAACGCUGGCUCAGCUCGUAUGAAAACACUCUGACGUCACAGGACUACGGUGAUUCAGUGUCUGACGUUCAAGAGCUCCUCAAGCGACAGGAGGACUUGGAAGCUAUGAUUCAGGCACAGAAUGAACGUUUUGCCACCCUUCAGAAAAAGAAGACACAGAAGGAGAAGAGACUUGGUCUUCAUGACAACAUUGAUGAGGAGCGCAGACCUCCAGCCAGAGUCUCUUCUUUGAAGUGGAAACCGUCAGAUCCAAAGACAUCGCUGAUGUCCUCCAACGCCAGAGACAUUGUCCGCAGAGUCAGUGGCAAAGGAAUCAGACCCACUGUAAUGGAAGCAAACCUGGACAGCAGUCGCUAUGGUAGCCUUUCAUCAAGGCCCUCUUCAAGUCCUGGACCAGAUUUUUCAAUGCAAGGCACCAACAGAAAAGCCUUUCAGGAAGAAUUGAAACCAAGUCCCCCUCCUAGUCCUUCCUUAAUAAGUCCCACUGCAGAGACCUGGAAGCAACGAAGCAGGCGCUCAGGAUUUAGUGCAGACACAGAAUCUUCUUCCUCAUCGAGCAUUUCAUCCUCAUAUAAAGGGCAUUUUGAAGAAAAACAGUAUUCCUUGAAAGACCAUUAUCCCAAAAAUGACUGGCGUUCUGAGAAAAAACAGCCGAUGGAGAAUGACCAUCAUCAUAAAGAACAGCAUAACAAGGAAGACCAGCAAUCUAGAGUAGACUUCCACGACCUUCAGUCCACCAAAGACCAGCAUUCACUGACAACCUUUCAUCUAAAGGACAAUUCUAAGGAGGUACAUCGUGAUGAAGAAGGCCGUCACUUCAAGACAGAGGCAUGACUGGCUACGCACUCCUAUAAAAGAAGAUCUUACU